GUAGCGUCGCCAUGGCAGCUGUUUGUGCUUCUUUCUGUUGUGAUGCGCUGUUGCUUUGAUCGGGCUGGUUUUAAUGACUACUUUCGCCCGAUCGCUCUGAAAACGAACACCCUCAGCGCUGCACAAGGCGAUCAUCAUGUUCAUUUACUUGAGCAAGAAGAUUGCCAUCCCCAACAACACAAGAAUUCAGUGUUUAGCGUGGAACAGAGAACAUGGUUACAUAGCUUGUGGCGGCGACAACGGCCUCCUAAAGGUGCUGAAGUUAGAAACAGAAAAAGAUGGAAAAGUCCGGGGCCUUGCAGCACCGAGCAACCUGUCAAUGAACCAGACACUUGAGGGACAUAGUGGAGUUGUACAGGUUGUGGCUUGGAACUCACACUUUCAGAAGCUAACGUCUAGCGAUCAGAAUGGGCUCAUCAUAGUAUGGAUGCUCUAUAAAGGGUCAUGGUAUGAAGAAAUGAUUAACAACAGAAACAAGUCCCUUGUUCGGGGCAUGGCAUGGAAUGCUGAUGGUCAGAAAAUCUGCAUUGUCUACGAUGAUGGUGCUGUGAUUGUUGGCUCUGUGGAUGGGAACCGUAUAUGGGGCAAGGAACUGAAGAACCUGCACCUGCACUUGGUGGAAUGGUCUCCCGAUGGAAAGUUCUUGUUGUUUGGAAUGCAGAAUGGCGAAGUUCAUGUUUAUGAACAAGGUGGCAAUCCUGUGUCCAAGAUUCCACUGCCACUUUUGCACGGUUCCGUUGGAACAAAGCUGAUCGGAGUGCACUGGUACAGCGGGUGUUUGCCUGAAACAGGCUGCCCUGUUCUGGCCAUAGGCUACGAGAACGGGAAGGUUCAACUGAUGUGCAACGAAAGUGACGACUCUCCGCUUGUGUUGGACACAGACAUGCUCGCCACUUGCCUUCAGUGGAACCACGAUGGGAGCUUGUUGGCUGUUACUGGGAAAAGCUAUGGCACUGAGAGUGAAAAGAGAAACAUGGUCAAGUUCUUCAACCCUUACGGCCAGUACUUGCACACAUUGAAAGUUCCCGGCAAGGAGAUAACCGCCUGUGCUUGGGAAGGAAUGGGUCUACGCAUUGCCUUGGCCGUGGAUUCGUUUAUAUUUUUCGCCAACAUACGCCCCGACUACAAAUGGUGCUUUCUGGCAAACACUGUGGCCUAUGCAUUCAACAAGGCAGACCGCAUUGAAAGCACAGUGAUCUUCUGGAACACAAACACGAACGAGAAAUAUGUAAAGUACAUAAAGAACCUGCAGAAGAUGUGUGCUAUGGGCGAAUUCUGCACGAUUGCCACACGGGAAGAUGGAAACACUCCAAAGUUUGCCCUGAUUGUGUGCAACUCCAUAGGGACACCAGUGGACAGCACGACGACAGAAGUAGAGCCCCUGCAUCUGUCUAUGACUGAAUCGCACGUGUUUGCUGCAUCCAGGGAUCAGAUCUUUGUGUGGCGCUUUCAGACGCCCAGGGGGCGCACCGUACUUGAACUCUCUGGACAGCGAAGCAAGCCUGUGCUCGAGAGAGUCAUACAUAUAAAUGAGGCCCCCACAGAAGGAGAGAAUUCAAAUGACGUAGACAAAAUUUAUGAAGCAAAAAAGAAGCACCAAUUUCAGGUCAAUACAGACCCGAUAUGCUGUCUCGCAGCAUCAGAGAAAAUGUUCAUUGUGGGGCGAGAAUCGGGGACGUUUCAACGCUACUCUAUGCCACAGCUGAUGCUUGUUCAGAAAUAUGCCAUCUCCUGUCGGCCCAAUAAGGUUGCACUAAACUGCACAUCUAGUCGAAUGUCAGUGAUAGACAUUACGGGCUGCUUGCUCCUCUAUGACCUCGAGGCCAAGUCUUCGGAAGGAGAACAGCUAACCUUCGAGCGUCGAGACGUGUGGGACGUCAAGUGGGCAAAGGACAACUCUGAGCUGUUUGUGUUGAUGGAGAAGACCCGCAUGUAUGUCUUUCGCAACUUGGAUCCCGAGGAACCGGUCAUGUCGAGCGGAUACAUUUGCAGCUUUUCAAAUUUGGAGAUCAGGACGGUCCUGUUGGAUGAAAUCAUGCAAGACCCUGAGAACCCACGGCAGGAAUUUGUGUGCAACAUGGAAGCAAAGUCAUUGAGAGAUUCUAGAGACCUUCUAGCCAAGGUGGGCAUAGAAGAGGCGACACAGUUCAUCGAAGAUAACUCUCACCCGAGGCUUUGGCAACUUCUGGCCGAAGCGGCCCUGCAGAAAAUGGACUUUCAGACAGCAGAAACGGCAUUUGUACGUUGUCGGGACUACCAGGGAAUUCAGUUUGUGAAACACAUAGCCAAUUUGCCUAAUGAAGAUAUACGCAAAGCAGAGGUCAAGGCAUACUUCAAGCAGUUUGAUGAUGCGGAGAAAAUCUACCUGGAAAUCGACAGAAGGGAUCUGGCUGUGUCCCUGCGAAAGAUGCUCGGAGACUGGUUUCGUGUCGUCCAGCUACUGAAGAGCGGCAACAGUGGCACAGACGACAGGCAGCUUGAAGAAGCCUGGAAUGCCAUAGGAGACUACUAUGCGGAUAGGCACAAGUGGGACAAUGCAAUCACUUACUACAAGCAAGGCCAUAAUCAUGCACGCUUGGCUGAAGCUUAUUUUGCCAUAGAAGAUUACAAUGGUCUUGAGAACCUCAUGAAGAGCCUACCGGAGGGGCAGCCGCUGCUCAGCGACAUUGGCUCUAUGUUUGGGUCCAUAGGCAUGUGUAACCAGGCUGUUGAAGCUUAUAAAAAGUGCAACAAGGUGAAAGCAGCUAUCGACAUAUGUGUGUCCCUCAACGAGUGGAACACCGCGAUUGAGCUCGCCAAAGAAUUCAAUGUGCGGGAAAUUGACACGCUCCUGGCUCAGUAUGCGAGGCGCCUUCUCGACGAAGGAAAGAUUCUCAGCGCCGUUGAGCUGUACCGAAAAGCAAAUCGCUUUCGGGAUGCAGCCCAACUAAUGUUUAAGGUUGCGGCUGAAGAGUCAAAAAGAAACCAUGCUCCGUCUGUUAUGAAGAAGAUAUACGUGCUAGCGGCCACCUUGGUUGAAGAGCAUCGUAUGUUGUCCCGAAAGACAUCUAGGACCACGGGGAGCACGAAAGGCGGAAAUGAGGCUAGCCUGGCACUAAAUGCACUGAUGUCUGAUGACACUAAGGGUACCGCCUCAUUCAGGCCACUGGACCAGCCCUGGAGAGGCGCGGAGGCUUUUCAUUUUUACCUGCUCGCCCAACGACAGCUUUAUGAAGGUUUUGUCGAUGCUUCAAUGAGGACUGCUCUAAAUUUGAGGGAGUAUGAAGACAUCCUGGAUGGGUCUGAAAUAUAUGCACUUUUAGCACUCACAAGCUGUGCAAAUCGUUCCUUCGGAACCUGCUCCAAGGCCUUUGCAAAGUUGGAGUCCUUGACGACUUUAACCGCCGACGAGAGGCAAGCGUUCCAGCAACUAGCGGUUGAUAUAUUUACCAAGCACUCUAGAAAUGAUUCGAGGAAUGUGAAGAACGAAUGCCCAAACUGUGAAUCAGCCGUUUCAGAAUGGACAACCACCUGUUCGAGUUGUGGGAGCAAGCUGCCUGUUUGCACAGCUACCAGUCGAGUGCUGAGAGACCCAAGCCAGCAGUGGACCUGUUCACUGUGCAGACACAGUGCUUACAAGCAAGACGUCAUGCACCGUCACAGUUGUCCCCUGUGUCAUGCUCCUAAGACGACCGUCGCUUAGUACGCCGUCCUAACCGUCAAUUGCAAAA